ACGCCGGCCCACCGGCCCAUCCCGAGUGACGCGCGGCUCCCGCCCGCCUGGCUCUGCGCUGCGCCUGGGGAGCGGCGGGAAAGGAGCUCCGCCCCACCUGGGAUUUACAUGGCAUGGCCCCAGGCUUCUGCACACAGCCAGCACUACUGCAAUUAUUGAUCUCCACUGGAGAGCCAAGGAAUGAAAUCACAGGAAAAUAGAGCUGUGUCCUGGGAUGGUUACCUCUAAGGUGGGUUCGCACUUCAGGCUUUUUCCUUUGAGGAUCUCCUGCCUGGCUGUAGUGAUGUGGUUCUUGGAAAAGAUCCGAUCAUCACAUGAAAAUGGAAACCUCCCUAGCUCCUCCUUCCUGGGACUGCCGCCUGCCCAAAAUCUGCCUGAAAAAGCCCGAAUGGGGACUGUUGCUUUUCCUAAUGUGCUGACCCCUGACAGAAUCCCUGAAUUCUGCAUCCCCCCAAGACUGAGCAGUUCCAGCCCUGUAAAAGGCACAGGUUUUCACCAGGACCACAGUCCACAGGAUGCAGACUGCAAUUCUUCUGACUACAGUCACAAUUCUUUCUUGCCACAUCUCAUUCAGGUGGAAAGUGCUGAAGAGAUUCCAUCCCUGGAGGAAGAAAGCACCAACUCAGACCCACAGUCCCAAGCAGCACUUUCCCUGCCUCACUUUCCCAGAGCUCCCACUUCUUAUGGCUUCUGCACUUUACUGGAGAGUCCCCACACCAGGAGAAAAGAGUCCAUCUUCCACACUGACACUUAUGGUGCUCUGCCCAGCCUACUAAUGUCUCGAUCCAGAGCUAACACUUUCAGUGGCAAAGGGAGUACAUCUAAUCCCAUUGCUAUCAGCUUUGCUUCUGUGAAGCUGCCUCCGAAGCAUCUCUCUCUGCAUAGGCAAGGUGCCUGCGACAGCGAUACUGCCUCCUCCAGUGACUCCUCUCCUUUCAGCUCUCCACUUCUCAGCAGGUCUCCUCCCAGAUCCUGCUCCCUGAUCAAAACACAGAGUCAGGAGGGAUUGCUCUGCCGAGCGCUGAAAGCCAAGAACAAGUCCAGCAUGCCCAGGAACAAUUCUCUUUCUACAGAGGAAAGCAGCUCCACUGAUAACAGCCCCAGUGUCAUCAGGCGGGCCUCAGAGGGGCUGCUUGCCAUGCAGAGCUUUAGCACAUCCUGUUCUCCCAUAUUUCCCCUGGAUCUGGCCCACAGCCGGGAGAGACUGGUGGGAGAGAGCACUGUGGUUAUGGACAAAGGUGGCAUGCUGAGGCUAUCAGCUGAAUACUGCUCAGAGAACGAAAGGCUGAGGAUCCGCCUGAUCAGUGCAGAGGGUUUAUAUGAUGACUCAGUCGAGUCCAAAAACAUCAACUGCUGCAUCACCUUUUCCCUGGUGCCAGGAAAAACACAGAAGCAGAGAAGCACUGUUAUAAAGAGAAGCAAAAAUCCUAUCUUCAAUGAGGACUUCUUUUUUGAUGGCAUUGCAGAAGAAGAGCUUUACAGCCUCUCUGUAAGGAUGAAAGCAAUGAAUAAAGGGUGGAGUAUGAAACGAGACUACACCUUAGGAGAACGGGAAUUGUCUUUGAUGAGUAUGUUCUCAGUGUAAUACUUAAAAUAUUCAGACUAAUUUUGUCUUCUGAAAGUUUUCUACUAAAUAAAGUUUUGGGUGCACUCUUUUUUUCAAAGAA